CUGCUCAGAGGCCUCUCGGGGGGCGAGCGGAAGAGACUCAGUAUUGGGCAGGGCCUCAUGUCCCGUCCCCGUGUUUUGCUUCUUGACGAGCCUACCAGCGGCCUGGACUCGUUCGCAGCCACCGUGGUGAUGGGGCACGUGGCGGAGCUAGCCCGGGGCCGGGGCGGCAGGGGGGGGGUGACGGUCAUCGCCUCGCUGCAUCAACCCAGAGCGGCGAUAUGGGACAUGGUCAACCAGGUCGUCGUACUCGGUCGUGGGCGGCUGCUGUACUGCGGUCCCCCCAGCGAGCUCCUCCCCUGGUUCUCA